CUCUCCCACGUGGCUCCUCUCAAGCGAAGAGCAACUGCACUUACCCAGGCUUAGGAAGCGGGUGUUUAAGCCAUGGGUUAGAGGGCUCGUGAGCACGCCCGAUCCUUUCCCUGAGGCUAUGAAACGGUGGCUCCACGGACUCCUCUCGGCCGACUGACCUUUCGCCGCCCUGCCCCAGCAGCCGGCGGGUUUCUACCAGUGGAGCCGGGGUCUGGUCUCCGCAGCCCAAUAGCCCGCUAGCCCGGCCCCCUCCCGCUAGUCGUAAAGUGCAGUAAAGGCACCAGCAUUUUGCGGCACCGUAGUCUCUCUUCUCCUUAAGUUUGAAAUGCUUUAUCUCAUCGGCUUGGGCCUGGGAGAUGCCAAGGACAUCACAGUCAAGGGCCUGGAAGUUGUUAGACGCUGCAGUCGAGUGUAUCUGGAAGCCUACACCUCAGUCCUGACUGUAGGGAAGGAAGCCUUGGAAGAGUUUUAUGGAAGAAAAUUGGUUGUUGCUGAUAGAGAAGAAGUGGAACAAGAAGCAGAUAAUAUUUUAAAGGAUGCUGAUAUCAGUGAUGUUGCAUUCCUUGUGGUUGGUGAUCCAUUUGGGGCUACAACACACAGUGAUCUUGUUCUAAGAGCAACAAAGCUGGGAAUUCCUUAUAGAGUUAUUCACAAUGCCUCCAUAAUGAAUGCUGUAGGCUGCUGUGGUUUACAGUUGUAUAAGUUUGGAGAGACAGUUUCUAUUGUUUUUUGGACAGACACUUGGAGACCAGAAAGCUUCUUUGACAAAGUGAAGAAGAACAGACAAAAUGGCAUGCACACAUUAUGUUUGCUAGACAUCAAAGUAAAGGAGCAGUCUUUGGAAAAUCUAAUCAAGGGAAGGAAGAUCUAUGAACCUCCACGGUAUAUGAGUGUAAACCAAGCAGCCCAGCAGCUUCUGGAGAUUGUUCAAAAUCAAAGAAUACGAGGAGAAGAACCAGCAGUUACCGAGGAGACACUUUGUGUUGGCUUAGCCAGGGUUGGAGCCGAUGACCAGAAAAUUGUAGCAGGCACUUUACGGCAAAUGUGUACUGUGGACUUGGGAGAACCAUUGCAUUCCUUGAUCAUCACAGGAGGCAGCAUACAUCCAAUGGAGAUGGAGAUGCUAAGUCUGUUUUCCAUACCAGAAAAUAGCUCAGAAUCUCAAAGCAUCAAUGGACUUUGAACAUAGAUAUUUACUAUUGUCUGAUGUAAAUUUCAGCCAUAUAUGGAUCGAUAUGGUUUGGCUGUAUCCCCACCCAAGUCUCAUCUUGAAUUUUAAUCCUCAUAAUUCCCAGGUGUUGUGGUAGGUAAUUGAAUCAUGGGGGCAGUUUCCCUCAUGCUAUUCUCAUGAUAGUGAGCUUUCAUGAGAUCUGAUGGUUUUAUAAGUGCCUGGCAUUUCCCCUACUGGCUCUCAUUCUCACUCUUGCCGCCCUGUGAAGAGUUGCCUUCCACCGUGAUUGUUAAGUUUCCUGAGGCCUUCCCAGCCAUGUGGAACUGUGAGUCGAAAAUUAAACCUCUUUUAUAAUUA